AUGUCUUGGCAUUUCCCCCUCUUCCUCGUGGUCACAGUGACUUUGCCCUCCGUGUGCCUCCAGUUUAAUCCUCAGCCUCUGGAGGAACUCGGCUCGGACAUAGGCAUCCAAGUUUUCCACCAGAUCGUCAAGUCCCGGCCUCAGGACAACAUCGUCGUCUCCCCCCAUGGGAUCGCGUCCGUGCUGGGGAUGCUGCAGCUGGGAGCCGACGGCCGAACCAAGGCGCAGCUCACCUCUGUGAUGAGAUACGGCGUGAAAGGAGCUGGUAAGACGUUAAAGAAGAUCAACAAGGCCAUCGUCUCCAAGAAGAAUAAAGAUGUCGUGACAGUGGCGAACGCGAUGUUUGUGAACAAUGGCUCUAAGAUCGAAGUGCCUUUUAUCACCAGGAACAAAGAUGUGUUUCAGUGCGAAGUCCGGAACGUGAACUUUAGAGAUCCAGCCUUUGCCUGUGAUUCCAUCAACGCGUGGGUUAAAAAUGAAACCCGGGGUAAGAUCGACAAUCUGCUCUCCUCUGACCUUAUCGAUGGCAUGCUCACCAGAAUGGUCCUGGUCAACGCCCUGUAUUUUAAGGGUUUGUGGAAAUCACGGUUUCGGCCCGAGAACACAAAGAAACGUCCGUUUGUGGCAGCUGACGGGAAGUCCUACCAAGUGCCCAUGCUAGCCCAGCUCUCUCUGUUCCGGAGUGGGUCAGCAAGCACCCCCAAUGGCUUAUGGUACAACUUCAUUGAACUGCCCUAUCACGGGGAGAGCAUCAGCAUGCUGAUUGUGCUGCCGAGCGAGAGCUCCACCCCACUCUCAGCCAUCAUCCCUCACAUCAGCACCAAGACCAUAGACAGCUGGACCAGCAUGAUGGUGCCCAAGAGGGUGCAGGUCGUCUUGCCCAAGUUCACAGCCACAGCAGAAAUGGAUCUAAAGGAGCCGCUGAAAGUUCUUGGCAUCACCGACAUGUUUGAUCCGUCAAAGGCAAAUUUUGCUAAAAUAACAAGGUCAGAAAGCCUUCACAUUUCUCACAUCUUGCAAAAAGCAAAAAUUGAAGUCAGUGAAGAUGGAACCAAAGCUUCAGCAGUCACCACUGCCAUUCUAAUUGCAAGGUCAUCUCCUCCCUGGUUUAUAGUGGACAGACCUUUCCUAUUUUUCAUCCGACAUAACCCUACAGGUGCCUUCUUAUUCAUGGGGCAGAUCAACAAGCCCUGA